GCUUGGGUCAUAAGUUUCAUAGUUGAAAGGUUUAAUUUCUACUAAAUAUUCUUAAGUUUAAUAUUAAACGCAAUAAAAAAAGUGUUAAACGGCGGUUUGUGUUGGCUUUCUAACAAAAUGAUUGCCGACGACAGCGGUGUUAAGCAUUUUGAUCGCAAAUUUGUGGCCUCAAACUUGCAGAAUCUUCUGCGCUGCCCAAAAUGUACGAAAUGUUACACAUACUCGUACAAUACUUAUCAAAGAGGAGAGAGCUAUCGCCCCUUUCUGCUACCUUGUGGACAUAAUCUCUGCGAGAGCUGCGUGUGGACCUAUCGCCAGGAUCUUAAGUGUGCUGUUUGCCAAAAUCCUGCUCCUCCAACGAUCAAGGCCAAGGAUCCGGCUAGUAAAUUUUCCGGCAACGUGCGCGACUUCUACGAACUUAAUUAUCAUGUGCUGGGGGAAACCAGCAGCCUCAGUUAUUUUCGGCGUUUUGCUACGGAAACGUCGAAUAAAUCCCUGUCUCUCAACUCAACCAGCGAAUUGCUUGUCCAGUCCACCAAAUGCAGCGAGUGUGGAAAUGCAGUUGCCACCGGGGAAUGCAGGCAGUGCAAAGCCUUCUAUUGUCGCCGCUGCUUCGAUGCGGUGCACAAUCACAGUCGCGUCUUGAAGUCGCACGUGUUCCAGAAAACCACCAUCGAAACGCAGUCCCAAACCAGCAGGGGAUUACGCGUGGACAACCACUUCUUCACACUGCCUUUCAGCAGUUGCUUAAAACAUCGAUUGCCGAAGAACGUGCACUGCCAGCAGUGCAAUCGCAACAACUGCGCGGUCUGCUCCUCCCUUCAUCAUCUCAGCCACCGCACUCGCCCAAUGGCCGAUAUUAAUCAACGCUAUGCCUCCGAAAUUCCGGCCUCCUUAAAUGCAUUAAACUCAGCUCUUCUCAACAUCCAAAAUGGAAAGGAGGUGGUUCGAGCGGCCAAGCAGAAGCUGAGCGGCUAUGCCUCCGAUACGCUGGCCAGCAUUUCGAAGCGUUUCUGCCACCUGCACGGCUUGCUCCAGGUGGCCGAGCUGCAGGUCAUCGAGAAGCUGCGCGAGUCCAGUCUGCCACCUCAAAUGGAACUCAACGAAGCACUGGGCAGGCUGAGUGGCUACGAAUCGGUGAUCAAGCGCUUAAAGCAACUUCUGGAAAGUGGCACCGAGGACAACUUGGGUGUGCCUAAAGAUAUCAGCCUAAAAUGGCUAAUUAAACUGAUCGGCGAGCAUCUCGAGAAUAUUCCCACAACUGUCGAAAUCACCAAAAUCGAUGAAAAUCCAUAUCGCGUGACCUGUGGUCGUGUUAUGGAUAUGGCCAAUCUAUUCAAGUGCGAAUUUGUGGACCCGAAGAUUCAUGUUCGCUUAAGGACCGACUUGGAAAGCAAUUCCAGCGUCGUAAUGUCACCCAACGAAGACAUCACCUUCUCCAGUUCUUUCAGCAGUGGCAAAGAAAACAUUGCCCAGGCCAACGUAGUAGUUCCUCAAUUAAUGCUUACGCAAAAUUCGAAAACAAAGCUGAUAUCAAAGGGGCCAAAUAGUCGGGCCAAAAAGGCCAAGAAAACUCAAACCUUUUUAAGUUCGACUUGUGCCUCUACCGAUGAGAUUCCCUCAAGGGACUUUGUGCGCAACUUCUCGGCUUUGGACAUUACCAAACCGAAUGUGACAACGAUUAUAAAGAGUGGAGGAGACAAGGGCGAUUGGUUCAAGACCGAUGCGCUGGUUAAAGUUCGCUGCGUCAACUCUCCUGAAGAUUUCUACGUCCAGGGCAUCCAUUCCGCCCAGCGAUUGCGCGAGGAACUGGACACUUUUUCACAGACACUUACACGGGGCCGCUCUGCUCUACCGGCCAUCGUGGUGGGCGAGCACUACAUCACCUACCACAAGGAUCAGGACCGCUUCUAUCGCGCCAUGGUCAGCCAGAAACUGGGCUCUCGGGACACCUACAAAGUCUUUCUGCCGGACAUCGGCCUUUACGUAGAGGCUCAUAGCAGCAACUUCCAUGAAGUACCGGAGCGUCUGGCGCAAUUGCCGUAUUCCGCCGUACACUGCAGCCUGAGAGAGCUGAUGCCCAACCACGGCGGAUCUGAGUGGGAUAAUCGGGCCAGUGCCUUCCUUAAGCAGAUAGUGCAGAACAAUCCUGUUCAUGUGAUCGUCAAGAGAGCUCUUUCCCAUGAGCUGCAUGAGGUGGAUCUCAUCACCAGCAACUACAAUACUGACAUCUCCGUGCGUGAGUCUUUUUUAUAUUCUGGCCUGGCGCGCUCCCGCUGCGGCCUCGCGCCAGCUAUUGGCCAUCAAUGGCUGCAGCCUGCUCCGAGUACACUGCGCCUGCCCAGGAUGAAGUUCCAGUUCGGCGACGUCCUCAUGAUCCAGAUGCUGCACGUGGAGGACCCGCAGGAGUUUUACGUUAUGCGCCACGACUUCGAGUCGAAACGCUGCUCACUGCAAUCCAGCCUGCAGGGAACCAUGGAUCGCAUUAGCAUUAGCCAACUGCAGAAUAUAUUUUUAGGACGUCAGCACCUCGGCUGCGUUCUCCAGUCAGAUGGUCAAUGGAAACGGGCUAGCAUCGAACAGAUUCUUCCCGAUGGUUACGUUCUUGUGCACCUGGUUGACGAUGGUCCCAGCCAAAAGGUUUUCUGGGACCAAUUGUUCAUGCUGCCGCAGAACUUUUGGGAUACAGAGCUGGCUAUUAAAUGCUGUUUGGCGGAUGUGGAAACCCGUCCGGAGCUGGCCUAUGUGUGGACUGCAGAGGCGACGGCCGCCUUCAAGCAGCUUACCGCUAAUCCCAAGCUGCACAUGGAGGUGAUCCGUUCCACGGAGGAUGUGGUGUAUGUGGCGUUAAAUUUCAUUCGUUCGGGUUCGGAGACCACCAGCGUUGGAGUCCAAAUGGUGGCCCAGGGAUACUGCACCUCGAGUGGGGAGAGCAGUAAGAUUGUCAACCCACCCGACUCAUCCAGAUCCGUGCGCCUAGACGUCGAUACGCGCAGGUUUAUUGAACAGCAGAAGGGACAGCCAGUGGAGAUGGCUCCUUACCAGAAGGCCGAUAAAAACGAUCGAAACAAGCGUGUUAAUGUGCAGGUUCUGUAUGUUCGAAAGCCGGAUGAGUUCUAUGUGACCCUGCCCCACUUCCAGCCGGCCAUACAGCUCUUGCAGAAGUCAGUGCAGGAAGCAGCUGCCGCCAUGUAUCAGGACAUGCUGCCCAGGGCUAAUUGGCAGGUGGGCGAAAUGUGCUAUGUGAGGGUCCAGGCAAAGUGCGAUUCGCAGCUAUUUUGGCAUCGUGGAGCAGUGACAAAGGUCAUACCUCCUAGCAGUAGUUGCCAUUUGACCCGCUACCAAGUGCAGUUGAGAGAUUUAGGUGAGCUGGCCGAGAACGUGGCUAGCUCUAGCAUGGCGAGCAUUGACGAGGCCAACAUGCGUAUCUCUAACAGCGCCAAACGUUGUUAUUUGCACGGUAUUCGGGCAAUCGGUGAUGAGUGGUCUGAAGACGCAAUUGAUUUCUUCAAGGAUCAGCUGCAGGCCUACGAUGAUAUCCAUGUGACAGGUCACGGGUAUACGGGAAACUCUUUGAGUGUUGUCCUUUGGGGCUCCCACACCAUAAUCAGUGGACCAUUUUCGCCUGCUCGAAUGAAGUACGUUAAUAUCAAUAAAACCCUUCUGUUGGCCGGAAUGGCCGAGAAGGAUCUGAACUUUGAUCCCGACGACCAGCAGUCGAUACCCGAUGGCAGCGUUCGGUCUGAAGGAACAGGAAAAUCCUGCGACCUUAAAGCCAUGCAAUCCUAUAUUGACAAAAUUGAUAAGAUGGGCACGGCAAAGAACCUUAAUCCCGAAAAAUCGCCGAGACUGAAAAUUGGUUUCGAGCACAACGAGGACAUGCCACCGCUGGAACUUCUGGAGGAUUUUGGAAAGGCCAAGCAGACGACUGGGCAGACAGUACCACCUGUCGGAUGGACUACGCCACGUAGAUGCGAGAAGGCCAUUUUCACGGCGAUCGCCACAAAUGUGAGUUACGAGUGCUGUGUCUACUUGACUUUGGCCAACGACAAGCCCUUCAUGGACCAUAUGCGCAAUCUUCUGGUGCGGAAAUUCAAACCGCUAAUGGAUAAGCAGCAGGAGCGAUCAACCUCAUAUAUGUACGAGGUGGGACAACCGGUGCUAGUAUCCUAUCACAUGGACAAUCUGAUCUACCGAGGAAUAGUGCAGCGCUUGAAAAACAAUCACGAUGAGUACACCGUUUACUAUGUGGAUUAUGGCAACAUGGAGCAGGUCAAGGCGGAUGAGAUGCUGCCAUUUGCCCCGUUCCCGGAACUAAACGCCAUGUGCUUUCAAGUGACGAUUCACGGAGUCCGAUCGAAAAAGGGAAAGUAUACCAUAAAGGAGAUGGACACGGUCCACCAGCAUUUAGUUAUGAAGCUGAGCAGUGUGCGUGUUAUGGAGGCCAAGGUAGUGGGAUCCGAUAAGCUACCAACCUGCCAGAUCAAGGUGGGCAAUCUGGAUAUUGCCACCAUGAUGAUAGACUGCGGCAUAUCCGUGCCAACCGAAAAGCCACAUACCAAAAAAAAAUCAAUAUUCAUAUCUUCGCAAAAAACUUUCGAUGAGUUUAAAGUGUUCGACGAACUGGAGAACCUGGCAUCCUUGGAAGGAGCUGUACCAGACGAAGAAGAAGCCAAGAGAGUCCAGCGUAAAAACGAAACCCAAUCGUCGGUGCAGCAACCGCCCUCGAAGAAAAAGUACCUGGUCAAUAGCAAGGAGAUUGAAGCUUUUGAAUGUGAUCAGGAUUUCGAUUGCCAGCAAGUAGCUCAGGAGAUGCACCUCAACAACAGUUUUUUUCUUGUUAACUUUAAAAAAUACGCUGGUGAAAACGGUUCAGAAGAAUCUGGACUGGAUCUGGAUAAAUCAGGAGAUGAGGAGCAGGGCUCGAAUACCUCUAAUAUUAUAGAAAACCAGGAUGAUGCCGAUAAUGAAGGCAGUCAGAUGGAGCCUCAAAUUUUUUCAGCCGCAGAUCAAGUGCGGCGCCGCAUUGAACUGCGUCAAAAGGAAAUGAAAGACAAGGUCAGCUUUUCGCCCUUGGAAACCUCAACGGUGCGAUCUUACUACGAUGCUAGUGGCAGCUUCAAGACGCUUUCCCUUCCCAAUGGAGUGAAGCAGUUCCAGUGCACCGUGGAGAGUGUACUGUCGGCCACGGAACUGCAGAUCGCGCCAUGUCUCUCCGAGUUCACCAAGCACGACAUCAAUUUGGUCCAAGAGACUAGCGCUUUGAUCAAUGAUGCGGAGCCACUGAAGCGGCCCAAAUUGGGGGACUUGUGUUUGGCCCGCUACUCGAAGGACAAGCAGUGGUACCGAGCCAUUAUCAAGGAGAUUCCUCCGGGAAAUCUUCAAGCCACCGUAUUCUACAUCGAUUUCCACGACACCGAGAGGGUUUUACACAGCCAUCUGAAAGUGAUGCCCAAUCAGUUGUUCAUGUUUCCACUACGAUCGUUUCGGGUCAAAUUACACGGCGUUAAGAAGAACAAGAAUUUCGAGGACAAGUCAGUGCGCCAGGCGCUGCAGGCCUGCCUCUGCAAAUAUCCGCUGGUCUUUGCGCGGGUUCACUAUCCCCUAAACUAUCAUUCUAACAAUAUAGACGGUUCCGUUGGCGAAUCUGAUCUGAUCGAAGUAGAGCUGUUCGAGAACAGGCACCAGAAGAAGCUCUUGUACCAAUCUCUCUGUGACAAUUGGAUGCUUAUGAAAAAAAAAUGAAUUGGCAAAUAGCCAAAAUAAAUGUAAUCUAUCUUUAUAUUUUUAUUUUAAAAGCGCUUAGGAUAUGCGCAUUAAUACAUAAAGGAAUAUGUAUCGCAGUAUUACUCCACAUUAUAAUUUACUCAACAGUUUAAUUCUCCAAAUUGUUGCUAUUAACCAUUAAACGUUUUCA